AUGGGAUACAGAGCCUCAGCAAAGAAGGCCCAGCUCUGCCAGAAAGAGGUAACCUACUUAGGAUACCGGCUGAGCGGAGGACAGAGAUGGCUGACAUCAGCUCGCCAGGAAACCAUCUUGGGCAUCCCAGCACCUCGUGAUCACAGACAGGUGAGAGAAUUUCUGGGGACUGCCGGGUUUUGCCGCCUAUGGAUUCCAGGAUUCGCAGAAAUGGCGCCCCCCCUGUAUCUCCUGACCAAGACAGAUGGACCCUUCAUUUGGGAGGACCAUCACCAACAAGCCUUUUUGUUGGAGGCUCCGGCUCUUGGCCUGCCUGAUCUGACAAAGCCAUUUGAGCUGUAUGUUGAUGAAAAGCUGGGGUACGCGAAAGGGGUCCUGACUCAAAAAAUUGGGGCCGUGGAGACGCCCCGUAGCCUACUUGUCAAAGAAACUAGACCCAGUGGCUGCCGGCUGGCCCCCUUGUCUGAGAAUGGUGGCAGCGCUGGCAGUCCUGGUCAAAGAUGCCUUUAA